AUGAUUAGUCCGGACACAAAACCCCAAGCCUGGAAAGCAGAAGAUGUCCGUCGAGAUACCUCAUGGAUUCUGCGCCUUACCCCGGAGGAGACCAAUGGGUUCCGCACUGCACUCGCGCAUGCACGCAACGUGAACAAACCACUGCUCAAGAUGGAGCAAGCGGACUUUCCUCUUCCACAUCCAUCUCGUCUCGCCCUUGAGCGAGCUAUUGGCACAACGCAGGGUCGUUGGGGCAUGUGCCUCGUCAAAGGUUUCCCAACAGAGGAGUGGACUGAGGCAGAAAUGCGCCUCGCAUACUGGGGCAUGGGACUAUAUAUGGGCGUGGGAAGAACUCAAAACCGCGCAAGCGAAGUCAUUAACGAUGUCCGCGAUGCCGGGGGGAGUUACAAGGUCAAAGGUGGUCGAGGCUAUAAUACAAAUGCCGGUCUUGAUUUCCACCAAGACUCCUGUGACGUUGUCGCCCUUCUUUGUCGCCGGACUGCCAAAACCGGAGGAAAGAGCAAAGUGAUGAGCUCCGUUGCGCUUCGAGACCGCGUCAAGGAGCUACGCCCAGAUCUCAUGCCCGUCCUUGAGGGGUCAAACUGGUUUCACAGCUUCCAGGGUGCUCAAGAUCCAACCCAACCGUCUUAUUAUCGCUGUCCGAUUUUCGGAAACGAUCCCGACUUCUUCUGUGCGCGAACAAAUCGAAAGAAUAUUGUUGCAGCACAGCGUGAUUUCCCAGAAGUACCCAGGUUAACUCGGCAGCAGGAAGAAGUGCUUGAUCUGCUGGACACGAUAAUGCCAUCAGAUGAUUAUUGCUACUCAAUGGAGCUGGAACGUGGCGAUAUGCAGCUUCUCAAUAGCUUUGUUACACUUCACUCCCGUACGCCGUUCGAGGACUAUGAGGACCCGGGCGAGAAGCGUCAUUUGAUGCGGCUUUGGCUAUCAAUUCCGAUUUCCCAGCCUCUUCCGCUACAGUGGGCUGAGUAUUGGGGCGAUGUGAGAUGUGGCUCAGUGCGAGGAGGUGUUCGAGGCAGUUCCAUCACAGCGGAAUUUCUGGAUUACGAAAAGCGACAGUCAAAAACAAUGAACAUGCCUUUUGCGCCAUGGAAGCCUCUCAUCGGCCAGAAAGAUAUGAAGAAUGUUUUGGCUUCGUAUUAA